CAGUAAAGUCAACGUCAUUCAAGGUUGAGUUGAAGGUGUCACUUGUGUUAUCUUUCGAUUCUGUACUCUGUCGUAUUUACAAAUCGUCUUUAUCCAAAUUUAACACGGUUCAAUGAUUUCAACUACGUGGUAAAAUACUAAGCGGUGUAAUAAUGGUUAAGAUAAUAUUUCUCCACCCUGAUUUAGGUAUUGGUGGUGCUGAACGGCUGGUUAUAGACGCGGCGCUUGCUUUCAAGAAUAAAGGCCACGAUGUAGCCUUUUACACGAAUCAUCACGAUCCUACGCACUGCUUCGCUGAAACACGGGAUGGUACGUUUCCUGUGUCGGUUGUCGGCGACUGGAUACCUCGCUCCAUAUUCGGAAGAUUCAAAGCCGCGUGUGCUUACGUACGCAUGGUGUACGCCGCUGUUUACAUGGCGUGGUACGUGAUACCGGUAGAAGAACCGACCCUCAUAUUUUGCGACCUCAUAUCUCUGUGCAUUCCAUUUUUGAAAAUGGCGAGAGGACCAUUCCGCGUCGUAUUUUAUUGCCAUCAUCCCGAUAAACUACUCACUUCUGAAGGAGGUUUAUUGAAAAAGGUGUACAGGGCACCAUUGAACUGGCUGGAGGAGCUGACGACAGCACAGGCAGACAAAGUCCUAGUCAAUAGUAAAUAUACUGCACGGGUGUACCAGGAUGCAUUCCACAGAAUCAAAGAGAUACCUGACAUUUGCUAUCCAUCUAUAAACACUGAGUACUUUAAGAUGACAACACCAAAGCCUUUAAAAGAGGUUGUUCCUGUGGGGACUGAUAAGUUUAUAUUCUUGUCAAUAAAUAGAUAUGAGAGGAAGAAGAAUCUGCAGUUAGCGAUAAGAGCUUUUGAGCAUUUGAAGCACAUUUUGAAUGAGGCAGACUGGAACAGGGUGCAUUUAAUAAUGGCGGGUGGAUUUGACCCAAUAAACUUGGAGAAUAUGGAGCAUUACAUUGAGCUGACUGAUUUGGUGGCUGAGUUAGACAUAGAGGAUAAGAUUACAUUUAUGAAAUCUCCCAAAGAUGAUGAGAAAGUCUCUCUAUUAUACAACUGUAGAGCUUUGGUGUAUACUCCAUCUAAUGAGCAUUUUGGCAUUGUGCCUUUAGAGGCUAUGUACUUCAAGAAGCCAGUGAUUGCUGUGAACAGUGGUGGACCUACGGAGACAAUAGUGAAUGAAGUGACAGGUUUCUUGUGCCAACCAAACAGUAAAGCCUUUGCCCAAGCCAUGAGUAAAUUGGUACUGAACCCAGAGUUAGGUGAGAAGCUUGGUGAAGCAGGAUUGAAGAGAUUUGAGACAAAAUUCUCCUUUGAUGCCUUCACUGAUCAACUUGAUGGUAUCUUGACUAGGGAGAGGCAGAUUGUGUCUGAAGCGAGAGCCAUUGAGUAUGAGAACCGCAAACGUAAAUAACAGGAUGCUGGCACGCCAACAAUAUGCGAUAUUGUUUGAGUGUGCAUACUAAAAUUAAGCCAUAAUACAAGUCAUUGUUCCAAUGAUUAUGGGGGAUUAGAAAAACUUAAAUAAAAAUCUCGCAAAGCUUACAUAACUAAUUGUAAUGCUAUUAAAUGUUUUGUACAUAAAGUCAUGUACAUAUGUAUGUGAUAGUGUAGAUUGAAUGGCUUAGCUUAGGCACUGAUAGCAGAGAUUGUUAUUAACUUCAAAUAAGUGUAAACAAUAUUAGAUACAGAAAUAUAAGAGCAAUUAUGUGAUAGCUUAGUUGCCAAUUAAACUAGUAUGUCUAAGGUCUUGUUUCACAAUAGCUGAUAAACUUGUAUUAAUGUAACUGACAGAUAAUUUGAUCUAUUUUCCACAUAACAUGUAGCAAUAUACUUAUUUAGUCAUGCUAACACAGAAACUUGAUCAGACAUUGUGAAGCAGCCCUUACCACCAUACUCAGAGUCAUUUAACAGUUACUUAUUACUUAACCCAGUCCUGAACAAAUGUUUAUAUUAAUAAAUAAUCAUUAAAUGUCUCUGAGUGCGGGAGUUAGACUUAUAAGUAAAAUAUUUGAUACUAUGUCUAAAAUAUUACUUUAAUUGAUAAGCCAGUUGUUGUUGUAAGCUGUUUCCAUGUGAUUACUAACAUAGUUGUAAGAUAUUUGUUGUGUUGUUCAUAGAGAAUAAUAUUAGCUCCAAAUACCUUCCAUAAUAUUGUAUCCAUAUUGCUUUUAGUUGCUGGUUGACUAAAGCUUUUAAAAUUAAAAACACUACUUAAUAUUUGAAAGGAUUAGAUAAUGAUGUGGUUUCUAGCUAUUUACUUAAAAGUUAUUUUUGUAUAUGGAAACUGUGCCCUUAGUACGAAUUUGCUUUACGUUAAAAGUAAUCGAAACGAGAGCGCGUUUGGCGCUGUGUUUGGUUGGUUCUAUCGACCCGGCCAAUCAAAUCAAUGCAUAACUAAGGGUUCUACAAAUAUAUAAUAGGGAUACUUCCCUGGGUUUCGUUUUUCGUUUGUCUUACAUUGAUUCAUUGUAUCUGAUAUAAUUUGUGCUUUUCUUUUUGAAAAUUUGUAUUAAUUAUUCUUUUCCAAAGAUAUUUCUUUUAAUUAAAUACACAGUAAAAUGUGUUUAUUAAAAUGUGAUGUUUUUGCAUUUUUUUUCUUCAAUUUACAAAAGUGAUUUCAUAUUUGAGCUUUAGGUAUGUUUAUUUUGUCCUAUUAGCGUAGAUUAAAUUUUAAUAUAGACAUAAUUUGUUGACUGGAAAGAGAGAGAAUCUUCGUCUUAUUACAAUAAAAAAAAUAAUCAUAGGAAAAUGUAUGUUAUGUUUUGUAGACCGAUUUUGACUUCUAUUGCCUUGAAGAUAUGACAUGUUAUAGAAUGGUAGUCGUAGAAACAAAUUUGAAACCUUUCGCAAAUGCAUUUUUUAGCUUCAUUGAUCUUACUUUUUAUAGAAAUAAGAGUCAAAAUCGAUUGGAUGAACUGUUUUAUUAUAUAUUUUUUUAAAUAUGCUCUUUUUACUGCUUAAUUAUUGAAUCACUGACUUUUGAACUUAGCAUUUGAAACUUUAUUCCAACUGGUUAAAAUAUGUAUUUCAUUAAUAGAAUCUGUUACAUAUUUUUGUAAUAAGAAUGCGUAAAAAAAUAUUUACAUGUAGCCAUUAAAGAAAUAUUUUACAGAUUAGCGUGUUAAUGUUAAAUGAAUGUACUGAUGUAAAUAAAAUAAUUGUAAACGUUA